AUGGUCGAUGACUUCUGGCAGCGACUCGUUCACCAGGUCGCCUCGGAGGAACCUGCUGUGCAACAUGCAGCCAUUGCUUUGAGUUCUAUGCAUUGGCAAUUUAUGCAAGAAACCGACUCUUUCAAAUCCAAAUCCCUGGUUAUGGCUAAGCCUAGGGCAAAUAAUAUCCCGUCUUUCACGCUAGCGCAGUGCACCAAGGCCCUUGUUUCUCUGCGGCAGAGACUAACGAAGGGAGAUACAUAUACGACAAGCAGCGCGCAUAGAGAGGCCGUUCUUGUUUCGUGUAUCAUGCUAGUGUCGCUAUCUCUCUUCCAGGGCGACGUUAUGGCCGUGACCUCGCACCUACGGUCCGGUUAUCAUGUGCUUAUGGAAUGGCAAAAGGUCAAUUUUGACGGGAAUCCCUCAGGACCGCUCCUAAUGCGCACAUUUUCAGAGCUACAGCUACACCGGCUUACAUUCUCUCAAGCACUGAAUGAUAUAGACGCAGCGGCGGAUGACCUACCCCUCUGGCAGGCGAUUACCGUAUGCCAACCUGUAUAUGGGUAUGCGGGAGUGUCUGAAACUGAUUUUGUGAUUGUUAUUGGGGCAUCUAUCAUGGCGAAUUAUCCACCGGGACUCGAACUCCGCGUAGGAUCUAGUCUGCGGGGGCUGAACGCCGCCCUUGCCGAUCUACUCUAUCAAAAUAGUGUGGAAAAGACAACCGAGGAGAGAUUAAUGAACUGGAAGAGCGAGUUCAAUGCUUUCAUUUCGGCAAAUAGGGAUACCUUAUCGCCACAAGACCGCGGCCCGAUGAUACUGAUGGAGCUAUGGACUAUGUCCUGUGAUACUCUACUUGAUACUCUUAAGAGCCCGCUGGAUGAGAUGGCUCACGAUUCCUAUUUGCCCCUUUUCCAGCGGAUGAACGAGUUGGCAGCACUUUACUUGAACUUGGCAGAGCAAGCUUCCAUGUUCUCCACUAAACCCAUGCUUCUACAAAUACUAUAUUUCGUUGGCUGUAAAUGCCGCGACUGGUAUACGCGCCGGGAGACGGUACGCCUAUUGCGUGAUUUCCCGCGACGAGAAGGUCUUUGGACGUCGGAUCAUUACAUCGCUGUGAUGGAACAUGUUAUCAAACAUGAGUCUGCUGGUUUGACGCCUAGUGAUGCGAUUCCGCGCGCGGCUCGUAUUGAUCUGAUUCAUUUCAAUCCUGUGGAUCAGAGCAAGUUCAAUCUAUCGUACCGUCGACCUUGCACCCCCGAGGAGAUUGCCAAUGGUGCGGAUGUCUGCGGAAAAUGGACAACCGUGGUGCUAUCAGCUUAA